GCUGUGCAGACUUGGCGGUAGAAGUGGUGGCUACGUCUUGAAAUGAUCUUCUGACACUAGAUCGGGGAUUGUCAAAUCCAGGCUUUGAGGGCCAGCAUUCUGCAGGUUUUAGAAGUUCUUCUGCUUCACUAUACCCCAGUCAAAUAGUCAGGUCAUUGUAGGACUCUGGAGAACUUGACUGCUUUUUGAGGAAUUCAGCUAUUUGAUUGUUGUGUGUUGAACCAGGGACACAUCUAAACCAGCAGGACACCGGCCCUCAAAGACUGAAUUUGAGGACCUCUGCUGUGGACGAUGAAUGAUCAACAAGAAUGUAAAGAUUACAGAAAGAAAAUGGGUCCAGACUGAUGGAUGAAGCUAUAUUUGAUACUAAAGUAGCUGAAGUCUAUAUUCUUGUAUAAUGAGUUGGUAUGGAACAGGAGGAAUUAGAGGGUGAAGUGAGAAAGUUGACAUAUUGUAUCCAAAGGGAGCACUUGCCAAAACUGUUGCCCUGGAGCAAAACCUUCUUGGGUUCACAAUGUGGCCUGAGGUUUCCCUUCUCAGACUUCACAUGUUGUGUCUUUGCAUUGAUGGACACUCACAGUACAAAAAUAUUAAUGUUAAGAAUCUUCAGAGGAUUCUGACCCUGCAGUAAAAGGCCCAAGUUUUCCAGCUGGUUGUUUACAAGUUUCUGGUGAUCAGUGUCUGUGACACCAGCACGUUUUUAAACCAGGUUUCAAAAUGGAAGUAGUCAGUAACACCCAGAAGUGUGAAGUACUCCACGAUUUGUGACAGCGCACAUGUGCAGAACGCAUGACUGCAGGGUUUGUUUUGCUCAUGGACGGGCAAAUAACAAAAACAAUGGCAGAUCGUCUUGUGCAACUUAAACUGUUCAGUUUAAGUCAGUUUCUCAUAAGAAAUGUAUAUGUGCUACAUGAACACUUGGUUCAUCGUUGACGAGUACAAGUUCCUACAUGAGGUGGAAUAUAUGGGUCAAAAGCUUGGGCGCAUUUCAAACAACAAGCUAAAAUCACAGCACCACAUAGUGGCCUGGCAUGAAAACUACAGGUCUGUGUGAAACUAAACAUCUGAAAACCACAUGACCAUGUGUCAACAGUUUGACGUCAGUCCAACCGCGCUGGACCCUAUACGCCCACACACACGUUGCCAUGCUAUAAGGCAACAUGGAGUUUUCCCGUCCUUAUUGGAUGGAAAUUGUGGCAUCCAAAGAUAGGUUGGCAAGUAAGACAUAAAAGCUUGUGCACAGAGACCAUCGUGCCGCAGAGCAACCUGCACUGACAUGUUGUCUCAUUGCACAGAGACUCACAUUGCUGUAAGCAGCUAGCACAGCAUGUAAGGGUUGAUCAGCAGUAUCAGGUAUCAGAAAAGCCACUCUUUGUUUACAUGUAUGUAAUUUAACCUUUUAUUAAAUGCACUUUAAAUGUUUGCCUCACUUUUAAUGUAACCUGAAUUCAGUUUUAGGUCUUCAUGGAAAACAGGACAGGUGUUGUGACUGUCUUACAGCAUCCAUGCUAUGAGAUAAAUCAGUUUAGCUACAAACUAACCGCGACUCCUUCUGUUGUAUGUAUAAUGGUGUAUGCGUUUCUGACACUUCUGUCUCUUGUGACUAUAUGUGGAAACCUCCUUGUAGUAACAUCAAUAAUUUACUUCAAGCAGCUUCACACACCCACCAACACUCUCAUUCUGUCUCUGGCUGUGGCCGACCUGCUGGUUGGGAUUUUAGUAUUUCCUCUCAGCAUGGCCUUCUCUCUCAGUUCAUGUACCUAUAAUGAGAGUUUAUUUUGUAAGGUACGUGACAGCUUUGAUAUAUUGUUUAGUACAUGCUCUAUUAUGCACCUGUGUUGUAUUUCAGUUGACAGGUACUAUGCUGUGUGUCAGCCUCUCACAUAUAGAUCUAAAAUCAGCCGUCAUGUUGUUGCCAUCAUGAUCACAGUGAGCUGGGGUGUUUCUGCUCUCGUUAGCAUCGGAGUGAUAAUUCCCAGACUGUCCCCUUACGCAUGUGCUGACAUGUGUUUUCUGGAUGUAAUGACGGCAAACAUUAUUGGACCUAUAUUAUCAUUUUACUUUCCAGUGGUCAUAAUGCUUUGCAUCUACCUGAAGAUUUUCCUUGUUGCACAGAGACAGGCACGAAGCAUCCAAAGCAUAAAGUUCGGAGCAACAGCCAGUAAGAUGGAGAGAAAAGCCACCAAAACUCUGGCGAUUGUUCUGGGAGUUUUUCUAUUUUGUUGGUCUCCUUUCUUCCUUUGCAUUUUAUUUUCUAUCCCGGUUUCUGUGAUUGAAACCGUUAACUGGCUUGCUCUGUCAAACUCUACACUGAACCCGUUUAUCUACGCUUUCUUUUAUACCUGGUUCAGGUCAGCUUUUAAAAUGGUUGUUACUGGCAAAAUAUUCCUUGGUGACUAUUGUAGCUUCAAAUUACACUGAGCUGUUUUGUUGAGGUAUAUAAUGAUAAAAGGAACCAGCAUGAAGACACGUAAAUGCUGACACUAUCAAAUUACAUACUACUUAAUGUGUGUCACACAUCACAUGUGUCGUAGGCAGGAUAGAACCCAGAAACACGACAGAUCAGCGUGUUCUUCUAUCCCAGCUCCACCUCAUCCCUGCUGAAGAUGAUCAGGUUGGAGGGAGGAUCUGUUUAUAAUAGAAGCAAAUUAGUCGAUACCCUUCCAGCUCAUUCAAACAAAACUUUUCUCUCCUAAAACGAGAUUCAGGUAAAAGUAACUGUCCAAUAGGCAUUCUGCAUAUCAUAAACUUAAAUAAAUAAAUAAAUAAAUACUUCUAAGGUUGGUUAUCUGUUGUUUAUGUUGCAAAGAUAUAGUUUGGAUAGAUUUCUUGGGAUUUACAAAGAAACUUUAAAUCUGCGCAAUAAAGUUGUGUUUGGAACUAGGAGUUACCUUGGAUAGAAUCAAAGACACUUUCAAGUUUUUCCUCAGUCAUUCAGUCUAAUUAAAAGAAACAGCUGGGUAACCUGGUGUCGUUAUGCCCACCACACUAUGGAGUAUGGAUUUGAAAAAGCAAACGCUGGAGUUGUCUACAGCUACUUAUUGUCGACUUUAGGAGGUAUAAACCAGACAUUCAGCCCAUCGUUAUUAAAGGGGAAGGAGUGGGGAUGGUACCACAUCUAUGGUACCAGGUCACCUACAUCAGUGAAGACCUGACCUGGAACUCCAACUCCACUUUAGUCCUGA